GGGGCGGAGUGGUCACUGGGGAUUUAAAGAGCUGCCACUUCCUUGGGCCCCCAGAGGGCACUGGGAGGUCACAGUGGCAGAGGGACACCCGAACUGAGCCUCUGCCCGCCCCCUGCCUAAGCCAUGCACCUCUGUGGGGGCAGUGGGCUGCUGACCAGGACGGACCCUGAGGAGUGUCAGAGGCUGAAGAAGAAGCAGAAGAACCGCGCAGCCGCCCAGCGCAGCCGGCAGAAGCACACGGACAAGGCAGACGCCCUGCACCAGCAGCACGAGACCCUGGAGAAACACAACCACCUGCUGCGGAAGGAGAUCCAGGCCCUGCAGGCAGAGCUGGUGUGGUGGAGCCGGACCCUGCAUGCACAUGAGCGCCUGUGCCUCAUGGACUCUGCCACCUGGUUGGCUCCAGUGACCCCUGGCUGCUGGGGCCAGACCGAGCGUCCCCCGGACUCCAUGCUCCAUGGACAACAUGGCUGCCAGGAGCAGCUGGGCCUGUUUCAGACCUCAGUCUCUUCUCCCUCGGCUCACCGGCUCUCUCCAGAUCCACAGCCUCAUAGUUCACCUGGCCUCCCCCUGUCCCCUCUGCCUUCUCUGUCACUUGACUCCACUCAGGUCACCGCAUCUCCUGCCCAACUGUCCCCCAGCCCUGUCCAGUCAGCCUCGCUCACUGGCUCCAGCCUGCCAAGGCCUUCCUCCAAGCUCGACACCCUCCUGCCCGGUCCCCCAGCCCAACCCACCCCUCUACAGCCCCUUGUGAUGGAGCACCCCACCAGAGGGAAGCCUGGGUCCUCACCUGACAGCCUCUCAACUGCCCUGGGGCUGGCCUGCCUGCAGGGUGGGGAGUACAAGCCUGCGGCCUUAUCGGCAGCAGAUCAGCAAGGGCUGGGUGUGGAUCCCAGCCCUCACCCACUCUUGGCUUUCCCCCUGCUCUCCUCUGCUCAAGUCCACUUCUAACCCAUCCCUGGGAGCCGAGCUAGCCCCUUCCUUGGACUGAAGUAGCAGCCUCAGCACACUGGCAUCUCCUCCCUUACCAUUGGAGGUUGCCUUUCUUGGCUGACCAGCUGGCCCAGCAUUUCACCAGGAAGAGAACGUCAUCACUGCUGCCCAGCACUGCCAGGCCCUGUCACCGCCAUUAUUUUAUUUCAACUUCAUGGUCAUUCUGCAAAAUCCAGAUGAUCACACCA